CGCGCCGUCUCGUCUCGAACGCAUUCUCCUCCGCGCGAAGACCUCAUACCGUGGGCGUGAUCAAGACGAUGAUGGGCGUGAAUAUCUUGCGGGCGUUGGCCGUCGUGGCGUCUCUCUUGCCCGCGGUUCUUGCGGCAAGAUGCGGCCCAGAGUACUUCCCAGUGGGUGGGACGUGCGUGAAGGUGGUGCCCACUUCCCUCACCUGGAGCGACGCCCGUGCCCGCUGCCAGGCCGAGGACCCGCCCGCUGACCUCUUCAAGAUCACGCCCGAAAAGAUCUUGGAAGAUCUCUCGCAAUUUAUUAACACUCACUACCCAGAAGAAACUGGUGAUAGAUAUUCUUACUGGGUUGGUGGUCACGGUGCCAACCAAGACUGGCGCUGGGUUGAUGGUUCCAAACUGAGCAUUAAGUCUAACAUCUGGCUUCCUGACGAACCCUCCCAGAACCAGAGGGGUUUCACAAGGCUAGCGCCAGCCAGUGCCGUGCAUGGGCGACGGUAUCUCGUAUACGCAGACGACAGGACUAUCGCCUCAGGAUUCAUCUGCGAGCACUGAAGCUGCUGUGUAGGAUGCUGAUGCGGAGAUAAUCGAAGAUAGAGGAUGAUCAGGAUUUUUCUUCUUUUUUUUUGUCGUUUUCGUUUCGUUUCGUUUUUUUUCUCUCUCUCUCUCUGAUUCUACAUAGAUUUUUUUUCUCUCUCUCUCUUUUUUUUCAUUCGUCGUUUUUCUUCGGUUUUCUCUUAAUUCUCUUAAUUCUUCCUUUUCUUCGUCUUCUUCUUUUCAUUUGUUUUCUUUUUUAUGUUUUGUGAUUUUAUCCAUACGAUCGCUUUGUGUAUCGAUAUUGUUUUAUGCAAUAAAAUGGUUACACUUAAA